UCGGAACUCAGUUUUUACAGUCCAUCGUCAUCCCUAGACUAGACUGUACUGAACCAGAGCGCCUACCACACCCGAAGAGCGAGAGAGAGAGAGAGAGAUGUCGGCGAAGGAUGGAGGAGUAGAAGAAGAGCGACAGCAAGAGCAAGAGCAAGUGCAAGAAGAGCAGGUGGUGAAUCCGUGGGAGGUAUCGGCAAAACAAGGAGGUAAGAUCGAUUACGACAAGCUCAUCGACCAAUUCGGCUGUCAAAGGCUCGAUAAAUCCAUAGUCGAUCGUGUUCACCGCCUCACUUCUCGCCCACCUCAUAUCUUCCUCCGCCGAGGCGUUUUCUUCGCUCACCGGGAUUUAAAUGAGAUUCUCGAUGCCUAUGAGAGAGGAGAGAAGUUCUAUCUUUAUACAGGCAGAGGAGCCUCUUCGGAAGCUUUGCAUGUGGGCCAUCUCGUGCCUUUCAUGUUCACCAAAUAUUUGCAAGAUGCUUUUAAGGUUCCUCUUGUUAUACAGUUGACGGAUGAUGAGAAAUGCAUGUGGAAAAAUUUAUCAGUGGAGGAGAGCAAGAGACUUGCCCGUGAGAACGCCAAAGAUAUCAUAGCUUGUGGUUUUGACAUUUCAAAAACCUUCAUCUUCUCAGAUUUCAAUUAUGUUGGUGGUACCUUUUAUGAGAACAUGGUGAGGAUCAACAAAUGUGUUACAUAUAAUAAGGUUGUAGGUAUUUUUGGUUUCACUGGUGAAGAUCAUAUUGGAAAGAUAAGUUUCCCUGCUGUACAGGCUGCUCCAUCCUUUCCCAGUUCAUUUCCGCACCUCUUUUCUGGCAAACAUAAUCUCCGCUGCUUGAUUCCAUGUGCAAUUGAUCAGGUUGGUUCUUCUAGUUUUUAUCAUAUUAUUGGUUAUUGCAUGAUACAUCUAGUUUUUAUAUAUGAUCUUUGUCAUGACUGUUAUGGAUUUUUCAUCGUCACAAUCUUUAUAGACUUCGAAUUUGGAGAGACGGGGAAAAUGUCUGCUAGUGAUCCAAAUUCUGCUAUAUAUGUGACUGAUUCUUCAAAGGACAUUAAAAACAAGAUAAACAAAUACGCAUUCUCUGGUGGGCAAGAUUCUAUAGAGAAUCAAAGAAAGUACGGAGCGAAUCUUGAGGUAGACAUACCUAUUAAAUACCUUGGUUUUUUCCUAGAGGAUGAUGCUGAACUUGACUACAUAAGAAAGGAAUAUGGUGCAGGACGUAUGCUAACAGGUGAAGUGAAAAUGCGACUUAUUGAACUUUUAACGGAAUUGGUGGAAAGACAUCGUAGGGCUCGGGCUGCAGUCACUGAUGAGAUGGUGGAUGCGUUCAUGGCAGUCAGGCCCCUUCCUAACAUGUUCGCCUAAACUGGGAAAAAAAAAG